AUGACCACUUUACUAUUAGUGUUUGUGUGUUUGCAAGCCAUCACUGCCGUCACCUCUGUGGAGCUCUCAGACAGUAGUGAUGGCCUGGAAGUGAAGAUACCUGAGCAGUCUCCCCUGCGUGUUGUCCUGGGAAGCUCCCUGAACAUCCCAUGUUACUUCAACAUCCCAGAGGAAGAGGACACCAGUGCUCUGCUGACCCCGCGCAUCAAAUGGAGCAAACUCUCAAACGGCACCGAAGUUGUCUUGCUAGUGGCCACCGGUGGGAAAAUCCGGCUCAACACCGAGUACAGGGAGGCCAUCUCUUUGCCCAAUUACCCCGCCAUCCCCACCGAUGCCACACUGGAAAUCAAGGCGCUGAGAUCCAACCACACUGGGAUUUAUCGCUGUGAAGUGAUGUACGGGAUUGAGGACAGACAAGACACCAUCGAGGUCCUAGUGAAAGGCAUCGUAUUCCACUACAGAGCAAUCUCCACAAGGUAUACCUUGAACUUUGAGAAAGCAAAGCAGGCCUGUAUCCAGAACAGCGCUGUCAUUGCUACUCCUGAGCAGCUGCAGGCUGCCUAUGAGGAUGGAUACGAGCAGUGUGAUGCUGGCUGGCUGGCGGAUCAGACUGUCAGGUACCCCAUCCACUGGCCCCGGGAGCGCUGCUAUGGUGAUAAGGAUGAAUUUCCAGGGGUGAGGACCUACGGUGUCCGCGAGCCAGAUGAAACCUAUGAUGUUUACUGCUAUGCAGAGCAAAUGCAAGGUAAAGUCUUCUAUGCCACCGCCCCUGAGAAGUUUACCUUCCAAGAAGCUUUCGACAAAUGCCGCAGUUUGGGAGCCCGUUUGGCCACCACGGGAGAGCUGUACCUGGCCUGGAAGGAUGGCAUGGACAUGUGCAGCGCAGGCUGGUUGGCAGAUCGCAGUGUCCGCUACCCCAUUUCCAGAGCACGGCCCAACUGUGGAGGAAACCUGGUGGGCGUGCGGACGGUGUACCUGUACGUCAACCAGACAGGGUAUCCUCACCCCGACUCUCGCUAUGAUGCCAUCUGCUAUAGUGGGGACGACGUUGAGAUUCUGGUCCCAGGGCAGUUCAUUGAUGAGACAGGAAGUGAGCUGGGCAGCGCUUUCACUGUCCAGACCGUCACCCAGACUGAAGUGGAGCUACCUCUGGCACGCAACGCCACGGAGGAGGAGGCCCGUGGCAGCAUCGCCACCCUGGAGCCCAUUGACAUCACACCCAUCGCCACCGAGCUGUAUGAGGGCUUCACCAUCCCGCCCGAUCUCUUCACCACCAGUGUCACAGUAGAGACAACUACCCCAGAGGAGGAGAACGUGACCAGGCAGGAGGUCACAGGGGUGUGGGCUGUACCUGAAGAGGUCACCACCAUAGCCCUACGCACUGCCAUCACCACUGAAACGGCAGAGGUGAGCUCAGUAGAAGAGGUCACAGGGGUGACUGCCACAGCAGGACUAGAGUAAGUGGAAGAUCAGCUCGUGCGAGUGACAGCAGCCCCCAGUGUCGGUCUCCUCCCUGAGAAGCCCAUCUCGCCCACGGGUGUGGUGUUUCACUACCGCGCCGCCACCAGCAGAUAUGCCUUCUCCUUCGUCCAAGCCCAGAAGGCCUGUCUGGAGAACAAUGCAGUAAUCGCCACUCCUGAACAGCUCCAGGCUGCCUACGAGGCUGGCUUUGACCAGUGUGAUGCCGGCUGGCUGCGGGACCAGACAGUCAGGUAUCCCAUUGUGAAUCCACGAGAUAACUGCAUAGGAGACAAAGAGAGCUCUCCAGGCGUGCGGUCGUACGGCAUGCGCCCAGCCUCAGAGACCUAUGAUGUGUACUGCUACAUCGACAGGCUCAAGGGUGAGGUGUUCUUCACAACCCAGCCAGAGCAGUUCACCUUCCCAGAAGCCCAGCAGUACUGUGAGAGCCAAAACGCCACGCUGGCUUCUGUUGGCCAACUCCACGCCGCCUGGAAGCAGGGCCUGGACAGAUGCUACGCUGGCUGGUUGGCCGAUGGCAGCCUCCGUUAUCCCAUUGUGAGCCCCCGUCCUGCCUGUGGCGGGGAUGCACCUGGUGUGAGAACCGUCUACCAGCACUACAACCAGACGGGCUUUCCUGACCCACUGUCCCGGCAUCACGCCUUCUGCUUCAGAGCUCUGCCACCUGUGGAGGAGGAGGGGGUCACCUCGUUCAUUGAAGAAGAUGCGUUGGCAACCCAAGUGAUCCCUGGAGUGGAGGGAGUACCCUCCGGAGAGGAGGCGACUGUGGAGACAGAGUUGGCCACUCAACCUGAGAACCAGACGGCCUGGGGUACAGAGGUCUUUCCAACUGACGUGUCGCUGCUCUCAGUGAGUCCAUCUGCUUUUCCUCCAGCUACUGUAAUACCAGAGGAAACAAGUACCGAUGCUUCUGUCAGCCAAGUGUCAGGGGAGGUGACUGAACCUGGAGAACAUCAAGUCACUGGUGAAUCUUCAGCAUCUGGGUGGGUAUCCGGAGUCCCAGAUACAAGCAGAGAACCGACUUCUGGAGUUUUUGAACCUAGUGGAGAACACUCAGGGAUUGGAGAAAGUGGAUUACCAUCAGUAGACCUGCAUACCAGUGGCUUUCUACCUGGGGAAAGUGGGCUACCCUCGGGGGACCUCAGUGGGGUGCCUUCUGGCAUUGUUGACAUCAGUGGCUUACCUUCUGCAGAGGAAGACGUAUUGGUGUCUAUUUCAAGGAUACCAGAAAUUAGUGGGAUGCCAUCUGGAGUGGAAAGCAGUGGGCUGCCUUCUGGAUUUAGCCAAGAGAUCUCUGGCACUGAACUGGUCAGUGGUGUGUCAUCUGGAGAGGAAAGUGGACUCGCCUCUGGUUUUCCUACCGUUUCUCUUGUGGAUACCACGCUGGUGGAGGUUGUCACAACAGCACCAGAACGGCGAGAGGAGGGAAAAGGAUCCAUCGGAGUCAGCGGUGAAGAAGAUCUGUCAGGGCUCCCGUCUGCUGAGUGGGACACCAGUGGAGGACCCCAAGGAUUACCCUCAGGAGCUGAGCUCAGUGGGGAGCCUUCUGGGGUGCCCGAGCUCAGUGGGGAGCCUUCUGGGGUGCCCGAGCUCAGUGGGGAGCCUUCUGGGGUGCCCGAGGUCAGUGGGGAGCCUUCUGGGGUGCCCGAGGUCAGUGAGGAGCCCUCCGGAGGACCUGAGCUCAGCGGGUUGCCCUCAGGACUGGAUGUCAGUGGAGAACCAUCUGGAACACAUGAAGGCAGUGGCCUGGUGGACCUAAGUGGCCUUACUUCUGGUAUCGAUGGAAGCGGUGAGGCCUCAGGCAUUACCUUUGUAGAUGCCAGUUUGGAGGAAGUGACAACAACCCCCUCAAUUACAGGAGCAGAAGCAAAAGAGAUUUUGGAAAUCAGUGGAUUGCCUUCAGGAGGUGAAGAUGCAUCAGGCAUGGUAUCUGGGAGUUUAGACCUCAGUGGUCAGUCUUCUGGGCAGGUAGACUUUGGUGGGAGUGUUUCUGGAGAGCUCGAGAUGAGCGGACAUCCCAGCGUAAUGAUUGACAGCAGUGGAGAAGCCUCUGGAGUUGAUGUCACCAGUGGGAUCCUGUCUGGAGAGGAAAGUGGACUCACCUCUGGCUUUCCCACAAUCUCUCUUGUGGAUACCACUUUGGUGGAAGUUGUAACACAGACUUCAGUUGCACAAGAGGUGGGAGAAGGGCCAUCUGGGGUGACAGAAAUCAGUGGAUUUCCUUCUGGAGACAGAGGACUAUCUGGAGAAGGGUCUGGAGCUGUGGAGACCAGUGGGUUUCCUUCAGGAACAGGAGACUUCAGUGGAGAGCCAUCUGGGAUCCCAUACAUCAGUGGAGACACUUCUGGAGCCGUAGACCUAAGUGGACAAUCUUCAACAGUGACUGACAUUAGUGGGGAGGUCUCAGGGCUUCCAGAAGUCACUUUAGUCACUUCUGAUUUAGUAGAAGUUGUGACAAGACCAACAGUAUCACAAGAACUGGGUGGAGAAACAGCUGUCAAAAAAAAAAGUGGUGAGGCUUCUGCAUCUGGUGAACUAAGUGGGGAAACAUCUGCAUUGCCAGAAAGUGGCACAGAAAUAUCAACAGCUUAUGACAUCAGUGGGGAAACAUCUGCAUUUCCUGAAACUAGUAUAGAAACAUCCACAAUUCAAGAAAUCAGUGGUGAAACAUCUGCAUUUCCUGAAACUAGUGUAGAAACAUCCACGAUUCAUGAAAUCAGUGGAGACACAUCUGCAUUUCCUGAAUUUAGCAUAGAAACAUCAACAAUUCAAGAAAUUAGUGGGGAAACAUCCGCAUUUCCUGAAAUUAGCACAGAAACAUCCACAACACAAGAAAUCAGUGGGGAAACAUCUGCAUUUCCAGAAAUUAGAAUAGAAACAUCUACCAUACAAGAAAUCAGUGGGGAAACAUCUGCAUUUCCUGAAAUUAGAAUAGAAACAUCUACAAGUCAAGAAGCCAGAGGUGAAACAUCUGGCUACCCUGAAAUCAUCAUAGAAACAUCCACAGUCCAUGAAAUCAGUGGAGAAACACCUGCCUUUCCUGAAAUCAGCAUAGAAACUUCCACACUACGUGAAAUCAGUGGGGAAAGUUCCGCAUUUCCUGAAAUUAGAAUAGAAACAUCCACAAGUCAAGAAGCCAGGGGUGAAACAUCUGCAUUUCCCAAAAUCAGCAUAGAAACUUCGACAGUCCACGAAAUCAGUGGAGAAACGUCAGCCUUUCCUGAAAUUAGCAUAGAAACUUCGACAGUCCACGAAAUCAGUGGUGAAACAUCUGCAUUUCCAGAAAUUAGAAUAGAAACAUCCACAAGUCAAGAAGCCCGAGGUGAAACAUCAGCCUUUCCUGAAAUCAGCAUAGAAACUUCAACGGUCCAUGAAAUCAGUGGGGAAACGUCUGCAUUCCCUGAGAUUAACAUAGAAACACCAACAAGUCAAGAAGCCAGAGGUGAAACAUCUGCCUAUCCUGAAAUCAGCAUAGAAACAUCCACAGUUCAAGAAGUAAGUGGGGAAACCUCUGUGUUUCCUGAAGUUAGAAUAGAAACAUCCACAGGUCAAGAACCCCGGGGUGAAACAUCUGCAUUUCCUGAGACUAGCAUAGAAACAUCCACAGUCCAUGAAACCAGUGGAGAAGCAUCCGCAUUGCCUGCUGCUAACAUCGAAACGGCUGCCACAUCUUUGGCCAGUGGUGAGCCCUCUGGUGCUCCCGAGGAGAAGGAAAUUUCUGAUGCAACAUCUGGAGCUGUGACACACUCGAUCAGAGGCAUUUCAGGGGAAACGUCUGUCCCAGACGUUGUAAUUAGUACUAGCACUCCAGAUGUUGAACCAACACAAGGACCCAGGAGCCUUGAAGAGGCUCAGCUCGAAAUAGAGCCCUCCUCUCCUGCAGCGUCAGGACAAAAGACAGAGACAGCUGUUGUUCUAGACAGCCCCCAUCUGCUGGCCACCGCCACUGCCGUCCUGCCUCAAGUCCCACAAGAAGCAAUAGAUGCAUUAGGACCCACUACAGAAGACACUGAUGAGUGCCACUCAAGCCCCUGUCUGAAUGGAGCUACCUGCGUUGAUGGCAUCGACUCUUUCAAAUGCUUAUGCCUUCCCAGCUACGGAGGGGACCUGUGCGAGAUCGACCUGGAAAACUGUGAGGAAGGCUGGACCAAGUUCCAGGGCCACUGUUACAAGCACUUUGAAGAGAGGGAGACUUGGAUGGAUGCAGAGACCAGAUGCCGACAAUAUCAAGCCCACUUGAGCAGUAUCAUCACCCCAGAGGAGCAAGAAUUUGUGAACAGCCACGCGCAAGACUACCAGUGGAUCGGCCUCAGCGACAGAGCCGUGGAGAAUGACUUCCGCUGGUCCGACGGGCACUCCUUGCAAUUUGAGAACUGGCGGCCCAACCAACCUGAUAACUUCUUCACGGUGGGUGAAGACUGCGUCGUGAUGAUCUGGCAUGAGCAAGGCGAAUGGAACGACGUCCCCUGCAACUAUCACCUCCCUUUCACCUGCAAGAAAGGAACAGUAGCCUGUGGGGACCCCCCCAUGGUGGAGAACGCCAGGACCUUUGGCCAGAAGAAGGACCGCUAUGAAAUAAACUCCAUGGUGCGGUACCAGUGCAACCAAGGCUACAUCCAGCGCCACGUGCCCACAAUUCGGUGCCAGCCCAACGGGCAAUGGGAGGAACCGCGGAUAUCCUGCACAAACCCCUCCAACUACCAGCGCAGGCUAUACAAGAGGAGCCCCAGGAGCCGGUCGAGACCCAGCGGCAGAGCUGUGCACAGACCCACCCAUUAG